AACUUUAAAAUUUUCAGUUAAUACACUGUAUGAUUAAUCUGGGAUCAUUAGUGACGUUCAUUUGCUGGCUCUGUACUGAUGCAACGCCCCCUUACAAUAACGAUUGACUUAUGUAUGAAAGAACAUUACAUUUGUUGACAAAAAAGAGCAAGAUAACGAAACGAAAGCAAUCUACGUUCAAAACCUGCGCUUUCACAGCGGGGACUUUGGCCCUAUAGUCUCCAAAAAUUACGUUAUUCUCCUGUCCAAUUCUCCCAUCCUCGUUUUCAGGUUUUCCCCGUACUUCGUGUAAUGCAGUGGCGUAGCCAGCCUGACAAUUUGGUCAUGCUAUGCAAAUUUCAAGUCAUUAGAAUUAUUAAACUUGCUGCAAACAAAAAACAAUGGUAUGGCAUGCUGGAGAUCAAUAUUUCCAUUCCAAUAUUCCCUUCAAUAUAUUGUAUAUUGUAUUGUCGUAUCAAAUAAAAACGUGGCAUUGCAAUCCUAAAGCGUUCGAGCUUGUGCUUAACGGUAGCGCACCCAUUCCAUUUUAGGUACCGGUAAGUCGGUAAACUAGUAUAUGAUCCACACGUGAUACAUGAUAUAGUCUUGAAGUAAAACACUGGUUAACUGUGAUUUGGUCAACAAUUUGCAUGACAAAUUUUAUCACGGUCAAGUUUACACAAGAUCAAGUCUGAAACAGCUCAAAUUACAUGAGAUCAUUGUGGAUCAGUAAGCAACAUUGUGACUGAAAAUGAAAUACCUAUAAUUCGAAAAGGUAUUGCUAAAAGUCAAGAGGAAAUAAACAUGCUACCAUUUUUGUGCUAAUACAAGUGCAUGAAACAAGAAGGAAACGACAACACAGCUAACGUACCCGGAAAUAAUCAGUGGACUGUGGCGGUUUGUUAAACAAAAUGGCAAACUUUGAGUUAAGAUCGUGGGAACUGGUUUGCUAUAGUCUCAUCUUUAUAAUUGGUGUUCUUGGUAACGCUACCGUAAUCCUUGUUAUCAGAAAUAGUGGUCAGUCAGAGAAACAUCGUUUUCGUGACGUGCCUUUCAAUGUGUACCUCAUGGCGCUAGCUAUAGUCGACAUGUCAUUAUCGAUAGUAUGUCUACCAGUGUAUAUAAUGAGUACAAGUGCUUUUCCUCAUCCUACUGGUAUUGGAGGUGAUGUAUUCUGUAAACUAGUCACAGGGAAUGUUCCUCAGUUUUGGCUGGCGGGCGUCUCAAUAUAUUUAUUAGUUGUUAUCAGCUUUGAACGGUAUGCGGCUAUUUCAAAACCAUUCACGACGCGUUUGGGCAAGACAAGGAAGACCUACGUAUACAUAGCUUUAGCGUGGUUCUUUGGUUUUGCCAGGGAAUUGCCGGUUAUAGUUGGAAUUCGCUACACAGCUACAAACGCUACAGUUGGAACAAGUUGUUAUUACUGGCCAAAACAGCUGCCUAAUAUAUUCAUAUUCUCGAUUCUUUUCAUCAGUCAAUAUCUUGCUCCAGCCGUGAUAUUUCUUAUAAAUUUCCACCGUAUUAAGAAACGUAUAAAUCGUCUGGAUAAGACGCUAAAAACUGCCCUAGGAGAUGCAAGACAACGCGUCAAAAUCAUGAAGAGUAAAGCGAGAAGUAUAAGAAUUGUGCUCAUGGUUUUGAUAACAUUUUUAAUAUGUUGGACACCGAAUAAUAUCAUGUAUCUCUUGUUUCAAUACGGAAAUGUAUCGGACGUUGAAUGGAGUUCAGAUUAUUACCAAUUUGGGAUCAUUCUGGGGUUUUCUUCGUCUUGCAUUAAUCCUUUUUUAUACGCGUUUCAAAGCAAACAGUUUCGAAUUCAUUGUGGAAAACUCUUUAGGAAAAUUUUCAAGAUCGGUAAAAAGGGACAACCUCUAGAUGCGAGCCAGAGCUUUACUACCUCAACAGCACAAGGUACCAAACUGAGCACAACAAACCUCCCGAGACGCUAAUUAAUUAGACAUUCUAAAAUAACUACGGUUAAUUCUGAAAAUGGAAAAAAAGCGC